CUCCAUAUCUCUGCGUUUUUCCGACACUAAACCUCAAGGCUUAAAACUUUUUACUUCAAUCUCCAGAAUCUCUUCAUUUCUUUGUAUUUCUUCUUCUCUUGAUAACCAAUCAUGCAAACUUAUUGUGGUGCAGGAACAUCAACAACUAUGGGUUCAAUCCCAAACCCCAAAAUUCCCCUUUUUCCUCAAUUCAAUCAAAAAGGGUUUAAUCAUUUGAGUUUUUUCGAUUAUUCCAUCCAUUUCUCCAAGCCUUCUCGUUUUUCUUUUGUUUCUAAUAGUUUAGUUACUGGUAGACCACCCUCUUCUGUCUCUGUUCCUGCUCCUGGUACUGGAGAUGAUUCAAGCGGCUUCAAAGAUAAUGGUCUGAGUGAUACCGAUCCCGAAGUGUAUAAUAUCAUUGGCAAGGAAAAGGAAAGGCAGUUUAAAAGUUUGGAACUUAUUGCCUCGGAAAAUUUUACUUCUAGAGCUGUUAUGGAGGCUGUUGGUUCAUGUCUCACUAACAAAUAUUCUGAGGGGUUGCCGGGUAAACGGUAUUACGGUGGAAACGAACAUAUUGACGAGCUCGAGAUCCUCUGUCAGCAGAGGGCUUUGGAAGCAUUUCACCUGGAUGGGGAAAAGUGGGGUGUUAAUGUUCAACCAUUGUCUGGUUCGCCUGCAAAUUUUGAGGUUUACACUGCACUUUUAAAGCCACAUGACCAUAUCAUGGGUUUAGAUUUACCUCAUGGAGGACAUUUGUCUCACGGUUUCAUGACUCCUAAAAGACGAGUUUCAGGAACAUCGAUCUAUUUUGAAUCGAUGCCUUAUCGGCUUGACGAAUCUACAGGUUUGGUUGAUUACGACAUGCUUGAGAAAACUGCUAUCCUGUUUCGACCGAAACUCAUUAUUGCUGGUGCCAGUGCGUAUCCUCGAGAUUUUGAUUAUCCUCGUAUGAGGAAGAUUGCGGAUGCAGUUGGUGCUUUCCUUAUGAUGGAUAUGGCACAUAUAAGUGGGCUUGUUGCUGCCUCUGUCGUUGGUUACCUAUUUGAUUACUGUGAUGUAGUCACAACUACAACUCACAAGUCUCUACGAGGACCUAGAGGAGGAAUGAUCUUCUACAAAAAGGAUACAAUUUUGGGAGUUGAUCUAGAAUCUUCCAUCAAUAAUGCCGUCUUUCCUGGCUUACAGGGUGGCCCACAUAACCACACCAUAGGAGGACUAGCAGUUUGCCUUAAGCAUGCACAAUCUCAAGAGUUUAAGGCGUACCAAAACGCUGUAAUCUCAAACUGUAGAGCUCUUGCGAGCCGACUGGUUGAAUUGGGAUACAAACUAGUAUCUGGUGGGAGCGAUAACCACCUUGUUCUUGUUGAUCUUAGGCCAUUGGGAGUUGAUGGUGCUCGAGUUGAGAAAAUUCUUGAUAUCGCUUCCAUUACACUGAAUAAGAAUUCGGUUCCUGGUGACAAGAGUGCCUUAGUCCCUGGCGGCAUACGUAUUGGUUCACCCGCCAUGACAACGAGAGGGUUUAAAGAAACAGAGUUUGUUGCCACCGCAGACUUUAUUCAUGAAGGAAUCCAAAUAACUCUUGAAGCAACCAAGUUACGUCCCAAAACAAAACCCCAACAUAUAUUAUAUACUCUAACAAUGUCAAGGAACCAAUUUAACUAAAAACUUAAGCUGAUG